CUAUAGCAGAUAUUCAGUCGGAGAAUGGACGGAAUUAAUAUGAAAUCCAUCGCGGUGACUUUUUCACUUCUUUUAAUAUUCGUGAAAAGGUGUGAAAGCCAGAAUAGGGAAUUGAUGGAAUUUCGAGUGAAGGAGGAGCAAACUCCCGGGACAUUUCUUGGCAGUAUUUCACAAAAAUACAACGACAAACGUGAUGGACUGAGGUUUAUAUUAGCCAGACCUUCUCAUACAACUACCGAUGAUUUGUUUGAAGUGGAUUCUGUGAGUGGCAAUAUCACGACUACCGCGGUUAUAGAUCGUGAAGUGUUGUGUCAAUUUACACCAGGCUGUGUCGUGAGGUUGGAAGUUGCCGCGCAAACGAACGAUAACUUCUUUGAUAUCAUAGACAUUGACAUUGUCAUUGAAGAUAUUAAUGAUAAUUCCCCAACAUUUUCGCAGCAAAGUGUCGCUCUGUCUAUAUCGGAGGCAGUCCUAACGGGUGGUAGCUUGAUUAUCGACGGCGCCAGGGAUAUUGAUAAAAGUGAGCUGUUUUCACUGCAGGGUUACUCGUUGGAGCCCCAGAUAUCCGGCGACGCUCUCCCCUUUAGCGUCAACUUUGUGCGUAGUCUUGACGGUGGCUCUAAGGUGAAGAUCAUAGUCAACGAAAUUCUAGACCGCGAAACCAGGGACUCGUAUCGGUUCUUCCUUCUCGCCAAAGACGGUGGCUCGCCUCCCAAACAAGGGUCAAUGUUCGUGACUGACGUCACUGACGUAAAUGACAAUUAUCCGCAAUUUAACAAAGCUUCGUACGCGGUCAACGUCAAUGAAGAAGUAGUGAAAGGAACCGUGAUACUCACUGUUCUGGCUACAGACAAUGACAUUGGGACAAACGGAAUCGUUCGGUACAGGCUUAGUCUCAAUCAACAUGCAGACAAUCUUAGGUACUUUGCAAUGGACGACUUGUCUGGGAAACUCUCAAUUAAGGAGGUGUUGAAUACAACGAAUAAGAGAUACUUUAAAUUGAUCGUUGACGCCCUCGAUCAGGGUAAUUCGCCUCUGUUGUCGCAGACCUCCGUCGAGGUCACGGUGCUGGAUACGUCAAACAGCGCUCCCAGGAUUAAGCCGACCCUGACGCCCAAUCCUAGUAACAGUUUCGCCAGCAUUUCGGAAUACGCCGACGUCGGGGCCGCUGUAGCGCAUAUCGGCGUUGAGGAUCUGGAUUCCGGACGUAACGGCGACGUCGAUUGCUUCCUGCUGAAUGCUGACAGUAUGUUCCAGCUAAACAAGUAUGCUACAAACGAGUACAAGGUCACAGUGGAUAAGUCGCUGGACAGGGAAACGAAGCCAUCUCAUGACGUCACGAUCACGUGCACCGACAAAGGCGUUCCUCCUCUGAGUACUAUGUAUUCGUUUGAAGUACGAGUCAGCGACGAAAACGACAACGCGCCGAUGUUUCGCCAGCAACGAUAUUUUGUGAAUUUCAACGAAAACAAUGAGAUUGGGGACCAAAUUGUAAUCGUGUCAGCGUUUGACAUGGAUUCCGGAAACAAUAGCAAGCUAACAUUCUACCUCGACGCAAGAUCCCAGAGUUACGCGUUUAUUAAUGAGAGAACAGGCGAGAUCCUCGCCAACCGAAAGUUCGACAAGGAGGCUCCGGACGGACAGGGGCUCUCAUUGACAGUCUAUGCCAGGGACCAGGGAAAUCCGGUACUUAGCGGAAGUGCUUCAGUGCUGGUUACAAUUCAGGAUGUCAAUGAUGAGAAACCUGUGUUCGACCAAGCACACUUCCGGUUUUGGAUUGACGAGAAUCGCCCUGCCGACGAGACCGUCGGGAAGCUGUCGGCAACGGAUAAGGAUCUGGGUUCGAACGCGGUGACCAGAUUCACAAUGAAGCCGAAUGGCUCAAACAUUCCAUUUGUAGUGAUUGAAGAUGGUUCGAUAAAAACCAAUCGCGAAUUAGACCGCGAGGAUCGCGCGCAGUAUACGUUUGAAGUCAUGGCAAUUGAUAUAGGAAACGAAGCGUUGUUCAGUACCGCGACGGUUACUGUGUUUGUCUCUGAUAUGAACGAUAACUCUCCAGUGGUGACGUUUCCAAGGUCUGGAAACAGCACUGUGUAUGUCCAGUACUUGACGGCGCCCCAGACGGUGGUGUGCCGAGUGUUAGCGGAGGACAAAGAUGACCCUAACACCGCCAACGGCAGAAUGCGCUACUCGCUCACAACUAUGAACUCAACGAAUUUCUUUUCAAUUGAUGCUUCAAACGGCAACGUUAUUCUGAAAGCUCCCUUAGAAAACACAAAUUCUAUUGGGAAGACUUAUAUUUUGAAUAUCCAAGUCACUGACCAAGGUAAUGGAACGCAUUACGUCCAGUCGACUCUUCACGUUGUUAUUGUAUCCGACAACGGCACUCAGGCGCUUACAGAGGAACCGAGCAAGAAUUUCGUCAUCGUCGUCGUCGUUUCGGUUGCUACGGUGCUGAUCUCAGUAGCGAUUAUCGUUACCAUUUGCAUCAUACGCCGCUUCGACCGAAGUCGCCGAGGUAUCACGAAAGGUCACCAAAAGGUCAUGACGGACAGCAUGUACGCUCGGAAUAACGAAGAGGUCGACAACAUCUUCCCGGCGGACGCGUGCGAAGUCGAGAAAAAGAAAAAGGGGGUCCACUUCAACAUCGAAGGUCAAAGUGGAAUUCAAGGUCACGUGGACUGCCAGAUCGCGCAGAACAACGAUGACCAUGGCAACCACAGUUUCGAUCAUCUGGUGCUUAGAGACUUGACACACGACGCCCGUGUUCUCAUGCUGGUCAUCCUCCAAAUCAACAAGGCUGAAGGUCAGCAACUAAAGCCCAGGGUUCAAGCCCCCGGGCUCCGUCACGCCCCGUCUCUCGUUGGAUCUGCUGGUCUAAUUAUGGCGCUGAACGAGAUUCAUUAA